UGGGAGUCUCUACCUUUAGAAGACUUUAUUUCUCUCGCUGUGAUCACAGCAAAACAUUCCCUCCUUCCUGAGGAAAGAAUUCAGAUUAGCAUUCAGAGACCCUCCUUUAAAAGUAUUGAUCGCUUGAUUGCUCAAUAGACCUGUUCUUAAUUUCCAUUUCCAACGCUCCCAAAAAAAAUUAGUCCUGUCAGUUUUCUCUGGGAAAGAUCUGUCAACUGAAAGUGUAUUGCGUAUGCCUGGCAGAAAGCAUAUUCAACUGUGUACCUGAGAAUUCAACAUGAAUGUGCAGCACCCCUGCGAAUUUAUCCCAACGCCUGUGAACAUAAUCAAAACCAAAAUCAACUGGCAGCCCAACGCAGAAAUUGUGAUUGUACCUGCCAAACUGGCAAGGACCAGCAGGAAGACAAUAAUCAUCGUGUCCUUUGUGCUAAUCGUCAUCAUUCUGGUCAUAACUGGGAUUGCCCUCUGGUACUUCCUAUUUGAAAAACCUAAAGUCGAUGAACCGAAAUAUCCGCUAAACUUUGUGGGUGGCCUGUGUAUAACGAAUAAAGAUUUUAACAGCAAUUACGCAGACAAAGCAACUGAUAUGUUCGAAACAGAGAUGAAGGAAAUUGGUAAACAGGUCAAAAAAGCUUUCACCUCUUCGGACAUCAAGUCAUACUACAACAAGUCAAGGGUCUUCACUUUUGGUAAAGGCAGCCUGUUGGCUUACUUCUGGAUGGACUUCCGCGUUACAAAGAAACAGCAGGAAAACCUGACCACGGAUUUAGUGAAGUCAACCAUCAACAAACAUUUUCUGACUGAAUCGACUGACUAUCAGAUCCGGACAAUGGCUACCUCCAUAACCAAGAUGUCAAAAAAGGAUUUGAAAAUGUUGGCAGCAGCAACAGAUUGUCACAGUUAUAGCUACGUCAGUGCUGACCAAAACACCGUACUCAAAGGGCCUGAGUCAGACUCCAAGAGUUGUUUCUGGCACCUGCAGGGCCCACCCGGGCUCCUGAUCAGGCUGCAGGUAGAAUGGCUACUCAUCGGCUGCAGUGAUUGGAUCGCAAUCUAUAACGAGGUGGCAACAACUGGCCGGACACUCUUGACAUCACUCUACAAGUGCAGCUGGAAAGAACCAGUCGUGGAAAUAUUCUCAUCCGCCAAUGUGAUGUCAAUCAUUUGGAAGCAAGGACAGUACAGUUACUACGACCCAUUUCGGCUGUCUGCUCAGGCCAUGCCAAUGCUGGAUUGUUCCAGGAAUAUCACGUUGACAGAAGGAUGGGAAAUCCAAGGAAAUGUGAGCACGCCAUAUUUCCCCAGUUACUAUCCACCAAAUACAGAGUGUACCUGGCAUUUUACUGUGCCAUCCCUGGACUACGGAAUCACGCUGUGGUUUGAUGGGUAUGAGCUGGACACUCCAACCUUCACUAAACCCUGCUCGCAAGGCCAGUGGAAGAUACAAAACAGGAAGCUGUGUGGGCAGAGGGUGCUGCAGCCGUAUGCGGAAAGACUGUUUGUCAUGUCGCUGACCACAACGGUGACCUUCACUUCUGAGGUGACCCUCACAGGCCCUGGAAUCCAGUUCUCAUACAGCCUCUUCAACCAGUCAGACCCCUGCCCUGACAAAGUUCUGUGCUCCAUAUCUGGCCUGUGUGUCACCGAAUGUGAUGGCCUAAAGGACUGCAGCAACGGAGUGGAUGAGAACAAUUGCGUUUGCCCUGCACAGUUCCACUGUGCUGAGAGAAAUACCUGCCUGUCCUUACUGAACGUCUGCAAUCAGGUUGGAGACUGCGAGACAGCCGAUGAUGAACAGAACUGCGAUGAAGCUGUACCAUGUGACCUGUUCACCUAUAAGUGUGCCGAUGGUUCAUGCGUGAACAAAGCAAACCCUCAGUGUGACUACGUGUCAGAUUGUCCCGAUGGAACCGAUGAGAAAUAUUGUGAAUGCGGCCUUCAGACCUCCAUGAGCAGAAUUGUCGGGGGGACCAAUGCCACGGAGGGUGAGUGGCCGUGGCAGGCGAGUCUGCAGAUCAGUGGCCGCCACAUUUGCGGGGGGAUUCUCAUCCAUGAGAAGUGGAUACUGUCUGCAGCCCACUGCUUCGUUAGCAGGUUUGCGCCCCCUGACCGUUGGACUGUCGUCCUGGGUAAGUUCAAGCUUGACGUUGUCAGCUACCACCAGCUCACCUUCAAGGUGGUGAAGAUCAUUUCUCACCGGUACUACGACGAUGACACCUAUGACCACGACAUCGCUCUACUCCUGUUGGACCAACCCGUGCCCAUUGCACCAUUCAUAUACCCCAUAUGCCUCCCGGCUGGCACACACGUGUUCGAGACAGACAAGACAUGCUGGGUAACCGGCUGGGGAACAACUGAGGAAGACGGUUCAGUUGCAAAUGUUCUGCAGAAAGUAGAUGUCAAGCUGGUUGAUCAGUCUACCUGCAAUAAAGCAUAUUCCUACACGAUUACUCCCAGGAUGAUCUGUGCUGGCUACCCUGAGGGAGAAAAGGAUGCCUGCCAGGGUGACUCUGGAGGGCCGCUGGUCUGUGAAGAGGCGAGUGGGCGGUGGUUCCUGGCCGGAAUCGUGAGCUUCGGUUACGGCUGUGGCCGACCGGAAUACUAUGGCGUCUACACGCGGGUGACCCGACUCAUCGAUUGGAUUAAUGCCAAUAUUUCAUAACCACGAUGGAAUCCGAGAGGUUUGGGACGUGUAAGGCAGCCAGAGGCGCUCACACUGCUCGCACAGGACUAUCAAUCGGGAACCAGGGAUUUCGGCAAACGUUCCAAUGGCAUCAGCCAGGGCGAUGAGAUGUUGAUGAAGCCUCCUCUGUAAAUAAACCAAGCAGCCAAUGAACCAACCCCACACAUAUAUAUACACGCGCGCAUGCACACACACGCACACACGUGCACACACAUGCACUCACACACACGUACACAGACACAUACUCUCACACACACACACACACACACACACACGCACACACACACAUACACACACACACACACACACACACACACACACACACACACAUAUACACACACACACACACACACACACACACACGUUGCCUGAGCUGGUUGCACAGGCAUUUAAUAGGGUCGAGGAGGGGUGGGAGGUUUAGCAAUUAUAUUCUUGAGAGGCUUGUGUUAUUUGGGACAGUAUCCAGUGAGAUGUUCUCCUCGCAGGCAGUAAUACGGGAAUUAGAUCAUGUCUGAUCUGUAUUUUAAUUCCAGCUAACCACUUUGCUUCCAUAACAUUUAAGCUGAAGCCUACCCAAAAUUUAUCAAUCUCAGUUUUCACUUACCCACAACCCUCACUCCAGCCAACAGCUUUUGCUUUGGGGAGGAAAGACAGAGAGCUCCUGAUUUCCACUUCUGGAAAUAAAAAAAAGUUACCUGAUCUCAGCUCUUUGUUUUGGUUCCCUUGUUCUGUAUAUGCCCUAACUAGAUGAAACAGUUUCUUGCUGUCUACCCCAUCAACUUUUUGUCAUAUUCUUUGAACCUCAAUUGGGGCAAAUACCUCAAGAAUCCUUCCAAACCUGUGGCCUCCUGAGUGAGGCUUUUGUUCCGAGAUCUGGGACUUUUAAAAUUUUGUUCUGGGUCGCUCGCUGGUCCCUUCAGAUCGAAUCAAGAUCAUAGAAUCCCUACAGUGUGGAAACAGGCCCUUCGGCCCAACAAGUCUACAACAAACCUCCGAGCAUCCCAUCCAGGCCCCAUCCCCCUAUAACCCAGCUAAUCUACACAUCCCUGGACACCAUGGGGCAAUUUCCCAUGGCCAAUCCACCCUAGCCUGCACACCUUGGACUGUGGGAGGAAGCCGGAGCACCCGGAGGAAACCCACACAGACAUGGGGAGAAUGUGCAAACUCCACGUAGACAGUCGCCCGAGGUAUGGAAUCGAACCUGGUGCUGUGAGGCAGCAGUGUUAACCACUGAACCACCAGGCCGCCCCAGAAAAAUAAUGCGAGGAGGAAUAAGAGAAUGGCUUGUAUUAUUGAGAGGAACGGCUCUAAUGGACACUUCUGGUACAAAGCAGCUGCUGUUAUACCUGUUCAUUAUUUUAGUACGAAGAGAUUAAUUAGGAGGAGAAGUAGGCCACUGGGCUGUACAACCGUACAAUCCUGCACAAAGGGGUUUGAUUGAGGCCUGGACACCAGUUUCCUGCUCUCCCCGCCACCCUCCCCCACCCCCACCCCAUAAGCCCCGCUAACCUUUAACUUGCUUGUUAAAAAUCUAUCUACCUCUGCCUUAACAGAGAAACAUUAAACGAUCCUGCCUCCGCUGCUGUCUGGGGAAGAGAGUUCCAAAGCCUCAGAGCCUGAUGAGAAGAUUUUUAUUUUCACCCAUCUUUAUUAAGAUGCCUUACACAGGGUCCCCUUGCAUUUCUGUUUGGUGCAGGUCAGAUUAAGGCUCAGCUGUGUCAUUCCACACUCUUUGCCCCAGUCGCUUCAUCCAGCCACUGACUGUCAAAAGACUUAGCUGAGAGGUAAAUGCUAAGAAGAACCUAAAAGGGGUGAAUGUACCCGCGGGGGCUCAAGGUGGUGGGCUUCCAUUCUCAUUUCAAUGCCUUAAGCACAAAGUCCAGCCUCAUGCUCCAGUGCAGUACUGAGGGAGCAUGGAUUUUUGGAUGCAUUGUUAAUCCCUGAGCCCUGACCUACUCUCUCAAAGGGUUACCGACAAUCCUAUGUCACAAUUCGUAGAAGAGCAGGAGUUCCGACCAAUAUCUAUCUCUCAAGCAACAACAAAAACAUCUGGUUAACCUGGUCUAUUUGUGGGAAAUUGGCUGCAGGCUUUCCUCCAGGACGAUUCAAAACUGCAGAAGUAUUUAAUUGGCUAUAAAAUACUUUGGGACAUGGAAGUCUUUGUGUAAAGGCAAGUUUUUUUUUGCCUAGAUUCAUUGGAUUGGGUAUGGUCUUUGAUUUUUGCAUCUCCAAAAACGGGAAGGCAAUUGCCAGUCUAUUAGUCCAGUGACCGAAGAAAGGUUCUGAGGAUCUGGGUUCAAAUCCCACCGCGGCAGGUCUUGCAAUCUGAAUUCCAAAAAGUGAAAUUAAACAGGGAUACAGGCCAGAAGCAGGCAAGUGGGACUAGUUUAGUUUGGAAUUAUAUUCGUCAUGGACUGGUUGCACUGAAGGGUCUGUUUCAAUGUUGUGUGACUAAUGAUGACCAUGAAACCAUUGUUAAUUUUCAUUAAAAAUCCAUCUGGUUCACUAA